AUGAUCCACUACCUGACGGAGCUGGGCCGGGACUUCAAGGGCGAGCGUGCUCUGGAGUGGAUGGAGCAGCACACUGAGGUCCCCGCCGUUGCGGUGGCGUUGUACCUCGCCCUCGUGCUAUACGUGCCGGACAGCAUCAUGGCACACCGCCAGCCAAUGAACCUGCGCGGGUACAACAUAUUGUGGAACCUGCUGCUCACCGUCUUCUCCGCAGCGGGCGCGUAUUACUGUGUGCCGCGCUUGAUCGAGUGGUGCACAGCGCCGGCCAUUCCCGGCCUUGUGCCGCCGCGCCCGGGCGAGCCGGCGCCUGUUGUGCCUGGCAGCCUCUACAACUCGCUUUGCUACUGGAAUCAGGGAAUGUUUGUGGACGGCACCGCUGCUAUGUGGAUGCUCCUCAUUAACCUCGGGAAGAUACCGGAGAUGCUGGACACAGCCUUCCUCGUCUUCCAGAAGAAGCCGGUGAUCUUCCUACACUGGUACCACCACCUCACAGUGAUGCUUUUCUGCUGGCACGCCUAUGCGUACACCAUUUCUAGCGGCCUGUGGUUUGCCACGAUGAAUUACUGUGUGCAUUCCAUCAUGUACUUUUACUACUUUGUGUGUGCGUGUGGGCUGCGCAAGAUCAUCCGCCCCAUCGCCCCGCUCAUCACAAUGUUGCAGAUCCUGCAGAUGGCUGUGGGCACAUUCAUUGUGGUGUACACGUAUGUGGUGAAGGGUGUUGUGGGUGAGUCGUGCGGCGUGAACGACCCAAAUCUUCGCAUGGGACUCAUGAUGUACGUGAGCUACCUCGUUCUCUUUUCGCAGCUCUUCCACCGCAAUUACAUGGCGCCGGCCUCAAAGUCGUCGUCGAAAAUGGCGAACGGGGAGAAGAAGGCUAAGUAA